AUGGUGCAAUCGUUGCAGGUGGAAAAGGUGGGCCACAUCCGUGUGCGGUGUGCAAGACGGAUUUGGAACAUUUUGGUCAAUCGAGGCCGUUAUCGGCAUCGGAUGCUCCACAAUAUGGGCUGCGGGAAGAGGAAGUGGGUCCUGAGGCCCGUGUCUGCUCCAACUGCCGCUGCCGCUGCAUCCGACGACGCUACAACCAGUACUUGCCCAAAAUGUCCGAUCCCGACAUGUUCGACCCCGAAAUGGCGCGUGAAGAGGCUCCGACAUUUCCCGACCAAGUGGGCAGAAUCUACCAAGGACGCGCAGGACACCAUCAUCAAGGAAUUCCAGAUUCCGCAUGGUGUGAACCGAUGCUGUCCGGCGUGCUUCCACCGCCUGUCGCGGCGCCUGGGUUCCAGUCAGACGGAGAACGGCGGCCUGGAUUCGGAAUCCGGGACCAACGGGAUCCCGUCCUGGACUGACGAAGAGAUAGAGACGGCACGGGUUUCCCUGGCCCAGAACGGGAUGGACUGGUCGAAGAUGUCAGCCGCCUUGGACGCCCGCAAGACCCCGCUCCAAUGCCGCAAGUUCUACUCGGCCAACAAGGACAAGCCCGAGCUAUCUGCAGCCGUUUCCGCAUUCAAGAGGCGACAGGCCGAUGCCGGCCUCGUUCCGCCGCCGUCCGUCACCGACGAGGAAGAAUCCGAAGAGAGCAGCUGCAAAGCCGAGGGGAAAAAACCUACAUUGAAGGAGGAAUACGAUAGUUCUGCCACGGCGAGUGCAGACGAGGGUCAUCAGAUGAUGGAAGCUGACGACUCCCUACAGAAGCCCUUGGCGUUGUCGAUUUCGUCCUCGAUCUCGGCUGAGUCGGACGCGAAAUCGGAGUGCGUGCCGGUAGGGGAGAAGACGGGGGCGACGACGACGAUGAUGAUGCAGCCGAAGCGACUCCCGGACGCAUCUCCGCCUCCCGUGUCGCAGUCCAUCAGACUGAAGGACGUGAUCGAGGGGACCAUCGACCAGACCAUGACGCGGCCCCACAGCCCCAGGCCUCCUCCGGUCUCUUCGCCCACGCUCUCCUCCAUCUUGAAGCCCUCGCCGUCGUCGGGCACCUUGUUCCGACCGCCCGGCCUGGAAGGCCUGGCGAAACCUCAGAACGAACCACCGAUGUCGUCCGCCGCAUCGUCGCCCGGUCCCGCGGAAGACGCCAUAGGUGAAGUGCAGGACUUGAGCGUGAAGAAGAGGGGCUCCCCGCCGCCUCCUCGCACCAUCGCCAAAGCUCCGUUGGUCCUCCGUCGUCCGUCUCCGGCGCUUCCACCCACUUCGGAACCUCCUCCCGCGCAUUGUAAUAGCCUCCAGUACUCUCGACCCCCGGAAUCGUUGGAGCUAUACCCUCCACCCCGCAACCACUCCCCGAGGCCGUUCGCCCCUCUGCGCACUCCAACUCCCGUUCCAGUGAAACCUAUAGCCAAGCCCGCUCUUCCUCCUUCGGCAGCCCCGCAGCUCGUCGUCCCCUCGCCGGUCUCCAAGCAGCCGGGAAAGAUCCCCGUGCGGCCGGUGACGGGUUCCAUCACGCACGGAACUCCAGCCGUCGUCGUCCCUCCUCCACCUUCGCCCCAGUCUCAUAAGUCCCCGGUGGGCCCCAUCCUUCCCAUGGCGCCCCUCUCGAGGCAGCAACGAGACGUCACCGGCUCCAUAUGUCACGGCACUCCGCGAUCCCAACAAGGACAGCAACCGCAUCCGGGAGAAGCGAAACCCCCAGGGGGCGAAGGGUUCUAUCGCCGCCCGUCUCCGUCGUCGGCAGCCGUUCCCGUUUCGUCUCCGUAUCCCGCUCAGUACCCGCCGUACCCUUAUACGACUCAGCCGCAACGCCCCUAUACUUCCGACUCUCAGCUUUCUUCCCGCCAGAUCAUCAUGAACGACUACAUCACCUCGCAGCAGAUGCUGUCCCGACGGGAGAAGGAGUCUCCGCGUCCGGAGUCGGAGCACCGAGAGCGGACGGGGCCGGCGGCGGCGGCGGCGGCGGUGACGAUGCCCCUGGAUCCUCGCUACCCGAUAUACUAUCCUGGAGGUGUGUACGUGACAUCGGAUGGAAGAUACGCGCAGGCGGCAACUUCGACUCCGGUGAAGGAGAAUCGAGUCGAUUGGAACGCGAGACAAGGCGUGAUCAGGGGUCCUCAGCCCUACCCAGCCCAGAUCAAGGGAUCCGAGUCUCCUCGCAACGCGGAAGUGUACCAGGCCGGACACGAACGUCUCGCCGCGUUGGUCGACGUUGCCGUCGCUCAGGCCGAUCGACGGGAAGAACGAGAACGCGAAGGACUAGAACGCGGCCUGGCCGAGUAUGCGAGACGUUAUCACCAGCUGCCGGCACCCAGCUCCACCGGACGCCCCCCUGACAUGAGACAGUAUUCCCCUCAUCUUCCCCCUGGUGUGAAGUAUCAUUCGAUCCCCCCUCCGCCCCAACCGUCUGCCGCCACCCCUCCUCCACCCGACAAGUACAAGCUUCCGUACGGGGGAGAGCAGUACGAAAGGCGGCUCAAGCAGUCCGAGUCCAUGGAUCUGCGGAAGGUGAAUUCGUCGCCGUAUAUGACGGGAGAGAGACGGGAUCUUCAUUACCGGAUGAAAUCCGAAGAGGAGAUGCAGCGUCUCCCCUAUCCGCCGGGCGCCUACCCUCCGCCGCACGAAAUGCCCCGUCCGGGCUCCAAGAUCCCGGCGUCGGGGAGCGAUCAGCUGACGGCGGCUAACCUCAUCGAUGCCAUCAUCACGCAUCAGAUCAACCAGGGCAAGAGCGACCCGGAUAGGAGCACUCAGGAGUUCUUCAGUAAGUACGCGGGGAAGCCGGGUGGACCCGUCGGGAUGCCUCCUCCGCCUCGCGGUAUGGCUCCUCCACCGGAUCAUCGCAUCCAGAGCCCUGCUCCGAGGAACGAGCGGGAUCCCAUCCACGCCCGCGAAGAAGAAAAAGCGAGGCGAGAGCACCCGUCGGGUAUAACGCUUCAACAGCACAUCGACAACAUCAUCCAGAAGGACAUGACCCACCCGUAUUACAAGGAGGUGCCAAACAGCAUGAUGCGUUCGGGGCUUCCGCCUCCCCCGCCCCAGCCGAGCGACGUCUACGCGUGGAAGUUGCAGAAGGCGCUGCACAACGAGAGGAACGCGGCUCAACCGUAUGCACCAGAUGAGAGACAGAUCAUCCGCAUCGCACAGUCGAGCGCAUCGAGCGCCGGAAAACCCCUCUACCCGCCGCAUUCCGCGUACUCGCCGUACAUGAAAGCCGGCACCCCGUACCGGGUGGAGCCGAUAUCGCCCCCAUUGCCCGACUCCAAUCACGUCGAUGUCAGGAACAUGCCGGAUCGUCGCCCGCAGUAUCCCGCGCCCGAGCAUCCGUCUCCGCGACCGCAGAUCUACGACUACGUGAGCAACAAGAUAGCAGAAGUGAUGCGGACGUCGGAGGUCUCGCCCGAGGACAAGCGUUUUCCCAUGAAUCCUCCGGGGAAGGGCGAACGACGGACCCCGAUCCCGGUGUCGCCCCACCGGAACCUGAUCCCAUCUCCGGCUCGACCGGGAAGUCGGCCACCCAGCGAUGAAUCUCGGAGCAGCAAAAGGAGCCUGGAAGAGAAUGCAGGCGGGUCGGAAUCGGAAGAGAUGAGCCGGAAGAAAGCCCGCCCGUCUCCAGAUCCGCGUCAGCCGGAUUCGCCGCAAUCGGGAGAGAUGGUGAUCGACGAGGGGAAACUCCUCUCCCCGCACGAGGAUCUCAAGGCAAAUUCCGCGGACCCGAAGAUGCGGCCGCAGUACUCGAUGUACAGAGGCGGGAUGCCGCCUUCGUGGUACGCUUAUUCGGCCCUGUCGGUGCGGCCCAUGGCGAACGCGUCUUCGGCGUCUUCGGUCGGACCGCCGUCGUCUGCCCCUCCGCCGCCCAUUCCACCUCCUCCUCCCCCUGCCACCUCUUUGGGUUCUCGACCUCGAGAACCCACCCCCAUAUAUUCCUCUCAGUACGAACCCCUAUCGGAUGAGGAUUAGGACAACCUCUUCUUUUUUUUUUCUCUCUUUCUCUCAUUCGUUCUUUCAUUCAAGCA